AUGAUGUGACUUAGGCGACUUUCCUUGAGUAAAGAAACAAGCUGACAACUCUUCAGACACAGCGUCCUCAGGUGGAGGGAAUUACAGUUGGAGGCAGCGCUGGGCAGUAAGUGUCCCCUGCGCGCAGCCAACUUCUGGCCAUGAGUGCUUCAGAGUCGCAGAGAGGAGAGGCUGGGAGGGAGAGGUUGAAGGAAUCGCAGGGACUUGACCUGCCAGGUCAUUCAAGAGCUUCCUGGCUUAGGGGUGGACACCCGCCUGUAUACUCUGCUGAGAGGCGUGUCCCUGCUUCAUCCAAUCAGAGCAGCGAAUCCAGCGCCCCUCAGUCGCCUUGGCAACGGGACUGUAACGGGACGCUCAAGGUAACGCAGGUUGCUGUGGCGUCAAAUUAGGUCCUGGGGAAUCGUGUCAUGUCACGACCGAAGAAUCAAAAUUACAAGAGCCAUGGAUUGUCAAAGGGCAAAGAGCGAGAGCAGAGAGCGUCCAUCCGAUUCAAGACCACGCUUAUGAACACCCUCAUGGACGUCCUUCGCCAUAGGCCAGGAUGGGUGGAAGUGAAGGACGAAGGGGAGUGGGAUUUCUACUGGUGCGAUGUCAGCUGGCUCCGGGAGAACUUUGACCACACCUACAUGGACGAGCAUGUGAGGAUCAGUCAUUUCCGGAACCACUAUGAGCUGACCCGGAAGAAUUACAUGGUGAAGAACCUGAAGCGGUUCCGGAAACAGCUGGAGCGCGAUGCAGGAAAGCUGGAGGCAGCCAAAUGUGACUUCUUCCCCAAAACCUUCGAGAUGCCCUGUGAAUACCACCUUUUUGUGGAGGAAUUUCGCAAAAACCCAGGAAUCACUUGGAUCAUGAAGCCUGUAGCCCGGUCGCAGGGAAAGGGCAUCUUCCUCUUCCGGAGGCUGAAGGACAUCAUGGACUGGAGGAAGGGCACUGCUGGAAAGAAGCUCACCAGCCUAGAGGCCCAGCCUACCCGGAGCGCUGUCAAUCCCUCUGGUGGCCACGACACAAGAAGCUCUGAUGACCAGCGAGAUGAGAUUCCUGUGGAGAACUAUGUAGCUCAGAGGUACAUCGAAAACCCCUACCUGAUAGGAGGCCGCAAGUUUGACCUGCGUGUCUAUGUGUUGGUGAUGUCGUACAUACCGCUGCGGGCCUGGCUGUACCGGGAUGGCUUCGCACGAUUCUCCAACACCCGCUUCACGCUGACCAGCAUUGAUGACCAGUAUGUCCAUCUCACCAAUGUCGCUGUGCAAAAGACGUCCCCCGACUACCACCCAAAGAAGGGCUGCAAGUGGAUGCUCCAGCGCUUCCGGCAGUACCUGGCAUCCAAGCAUGGGCCCGAGGCAGUGGAGAUGCUCUUCAGUGACAUGGACAACAUCUUCAUCAAGAGCCUGCAGAGCGUGCAGAAGGUGAUCAUCAGCGACAAGCACUGCUUCGAGCUGUACGGCUACGACAUCCUCAUCGACCAGGACCUCAAGCCGUGGCUCUUGGAGGUCAAUGCAUCCCCUUCACUGACGGCCAGCAGUCAGGAGGACUAUGAGCUCAAGACCUGCCUCCUGGAGGACACCCUGCACGUCGUGGACAUGGAAGGGAGGCUCACGGGAAGGGAGAAGCGAGUUGGCGGCUUUGACCUCAUGUGGAAUGACGGUCCUGUCAGCCGAGAGGAGGGGGCGCCUGACCUAUCGGGAAUGGGAAACUUUGUGACCAACACGCACCUUGGCUGCGUCAACGAUCGGAAAAAACAGCUGAGGCAGCUGUUCCGCUCCCUUCAAGUCCAGAAGAAAGCCGCCAGCUGAGCUGCAGCGGAGAGGACAGCGUCCUGGGAGGUGCCCGCCAGGCCCCGUCCCACUCCCAGAUUCCAGCUCAGCAGCACCUCACAGCCUUUGCACCCCCCACCCCCACCCCCUGCCUGGCAGCAGCCCUGCUGGCUCAGCAGCUGCUGCUUGUACUGGGCCCUGGGGAUCCCCCCACCCCAUCCCUAGGCAUCUUUGCACCAGGAGACAGCCAAUCCCCAGUUUUAACCUUGACAGACUGGCUUGGCUUGGCAACUGGACCCGAAGAGGACAAAUGCAGCAAGCUCUGUUAUCCUAGAGAGAUCACACCUAAUAAAAAAACA